AUGUUCGGACAGAGAGAAGGCCCCAUUCAACUGGCUGGCCUCCUCUACAACCCUUCCACCACAUCCUCAGCGAAACUUCCGGCCCUCGUCGUCGUCCAUCCGGGCGGCGGGGUAAAAGAGCAAACAGCGGGCCUCUACGCCCAAAGCCUCGCAACAGCUCACAACCUCAUAACCGUCUGCUACGACGCGUCCCACCAGGGCGAAAGUGGCGGUGAGCCACACUUCCUCGAAGACCCCUCACAACGCAUCAGUGACGUCUUCGCUGUCAUCGACUACUUACAAGCCCAGCCGUUCGUGAACCUCCACAAAAUCGGGAUACUAGGCAUCUGCGCCGCCGGCGGCUAUGCCGUUGCCGCCGCCAAAGCAGACCACCGCAUCAAAGCGGUCACGACGGUGAGUAUGUUGAACAUCGGCGACUCGGCGCGUCUAGGCUGGGAUGGCGACGAAGACCCAAAGAAGCACACGGCCACCCUAGCCCUGGCGGCGCAGCAGAUUCGCGCUGAAGUAAAAGGGGCUGAGACUGCUGCAGCGCCGUACGUGCCGCCAGUGGACGAGAAGACGCCCUAUGAUAUGCAACAGGCGGCAGAUUACUACCUCACACCGCGCACGCACACCCCCCGAGCAGUGAAUAAAAUGCUCAUUCUCAGCCUUCCGUUUGUGCUCAAUUUCGAUGCGUUUUAUCUCGCGGAUCUGUAUCUCACGCAGCCGGUGCUGCUGAUUGCAGGCGAGAGGGCAGGGUCCAGGUGGAAUACGGAGAAAUUGGACGGUUUGAUUGCGGGUGCGAAGAAGAAGGUGAUUGUGCAGGGGGCGACGCAUAUGGAUUUUUACGAUAAGGCGGAGUCUGUAGGCCCGGCUGUGAAGGAAGUUGCAGAGUUUAUGAAGACGAACCUGUAA